GCAAGAUCAAUGCCCAAAAACUUUCGAAGAUUUGAAGUCUAAGACAAGUUGAUAGAGCUUCACUGCUCAGCGUUCAGUCCCUACCUCUCCAAUGCCUGGCCUGCAAAGCGUAUCAAAGAAACGACCAGCGGUCUCACAGGGUGGCCCAAAAUCCAAGAAACACCAAUCCGAAAAUCCUUCCUUGACGAAACUCGAGGAAAGAAAAGUUCAGAAACGGAGUAGACCUGUCACACAACCAAUAAUACCAGCAAGCGGGUUGUCUGAUGACGACGAAGAUGACGACGAAGAUAAUUUUGAGGAAGAAGAACCUGAAGACCAGGAGAUAGUCCCAGAUGAGAUGAUUGUGGAUGGUGCUUCCAUCAGAGACCCCAACGCUGCAAGAGAAUCACAUAAAGUCCAACGUGUACUACAGGAACAGCGUCGAGCUGCUAAACCACAUUCCCAGUUACUCGCAGAUGCAAAGCGCGUUUGGUCAUUAGCUCGGCAAAAAAGCAUACCCUCCGCGGAACGACAGAAGCAUGUGAAAGAACUGAUGAAAGUGACCCAAGGAAAACACGACGCAAGCAGGAUUAUCCAGACUGUUGUGAAAUAUGGUGGGCAAAAGGAGAGGGACCAGGUCGCGAUGGAGCUCAAAGGUCAUUACAAGUCAUUAGCUCAAAGCAAGUAUUCGAAGUUCUUAGUGACCAAGUUGAUCAGGCUGUGUCCAGCACAUCGUGCAUCUAUCUUGCUCGAAUUCCAGUCCAACGUACUCCGUCUAUUGUUGCACCGGGAGGCAUCUGCGGUCCUUGCCGACUCUUUCGAGCUUUAUGCAAAUGCAUAUGAGCGUUCAAUUCUUCUUCGCGACUUCUACGGCAAGGAAGUCGCAUUGUUCUCUCAAACACAAGGUUCUGAACCCGAGAAGGCGAACGCUAGAAAAGGCUUUCCUGGGGUUCUUGAAGGCCUUGAGGGCGAGCGAAGGAAACGCGUACUGGCAGCACUGAAAGAAAAUCUAACUACGAUUUUUAACAAUUCUGAUAAAGGCGCCAUAACCCAUGCAAUCGUUCACAGGGCGCUUUUGGAAUACUUGGCUGCUAUCAACGACACCGAAGAUGAGUCAGAACGAGAAAAACUUCGCAAGGAGAUAUUCGAAAGGGGAGAUGUCCUUGCCGAGAUGGUCCAUACAAAAGACGGCAGCAGGGUCGUGAGAGACUUCAUUGCCUAUGGGACAGCCAAGGACCGAAAACAAAUUAUCAAAGUCAUUAAACCUCAUGUUGAGCGUAUGUGUACAGAUGACGAGGCUCAGCUCGUCCUCUUCACUGCCCUAGAUGUGAUCGAUGAUACAAAGUUGACGGCCAAAUCCCUUGUUUCAGAUAUCACCACCCACGCCCCCACACUCAUCAACACCCCACAAGGUCGACGUGCUCUUUUCUACUUGCUUGUCCCUCGAUCACGGCGGCAUUUCACACCUGCCCAAAUAGCGAUAAUUGCUGAUACAGACCUUAUACGCAGCAAAACCAGCAAGAAAAGUGCAGUUGUUCGCGAAGGUGAAAUACGGGCAGCAGCAAGUGAGGGAUUGCUUAAGUUCGUCGAGGACAACGGCGCGGAAGCUGCGCGAGAUACCGGUGGAAGUUUGGUAGUACUGGAAAUUAUGCUCUACGCUGACGGCGACAAAUCUUCGGCUAUGCAAUCCCUCCUUCAACCAUUAGCAUCGAUAUACCCUUCAGAGGAUGCCUCAAAGCCUCAUCCAAUUGACCUCCCGCACACAUCACGAAUGUAUAAAUCCCUUUUCCAAGGCGGGCAUUUCUCGCAUGCUAGCAAAUCAGUCGUUCGGUCAUCGUCGUUCUCCCCGUCUGCAUUCGCCUCUGAGUUCAUGUCCAUUGUUGGUCAGGAUUUGACAGUAAGCAUGGCUGGCGGAGAAGGUGCCUUUAUUAUUGCAGAAUUUUUGCAGCGGAUAAAGGAAGAGGGAAGCGCUGAUGAAAAACAGACCGUCAAGGGCUGGUUUGGUGGGGAUGUUGUCGAGAGACUAAAAAAGAGCGAGACCAAAGGGAGAAAUGUCCUACUGGAUAAGAUCAAUGCAUUGUUAUUAUAAUGCUCAUUCUACAGACCUAGUCACAGUGAACCUCGGGCCAGAUUGAUAGAUGCAUUUUUAUUAUCAAGGUUGACUUGCUCUGAUUCGCAUUAAAA